AUGCAUGAUACUCCUCCCCUCCAUGCCCCCAUACGCUUCCGUUCUGUGUCCCCCUUCCCAUUCAUCCAUGUUUCUUCCCAUUCUCCUCCAUGUCCCCUACCCCUUCCAUCAAUGCCUCCCCUCCUCUCCUCCAUGUCUUCCUACCCCUUCCAUCCAUACUCAUCUUCCCUCCAUGUCCCAAUACCCCUUCCAUCCAUGCCUUCCCUCUUAUCCUCCAUGUCCUCCUACCCCUUCCAUCCAUACCCCUCUCCCCUCCAUGUCCCACUUGCCCUUCCAUCAAUGCGUCCCCUCCUUCCCUCCAUGCCCUCUUCCCUCCAUGUCCCACCACUCUUGCAUUCAAGUUUCCCCCCUCAUGUCCACACUAUCCCGACAAUUGAUUUUUGCGCUCCCGACGAGAACAGGUUUCGCCAAUGGUUCGUUCACUUCUUAAAUGUUAGCAAGAUGUUUGUGGGAACCGGAGCAAACCGGCUGAAUCCCACCAUUGGUUAA